CGAGAGAGAAAAGGCUCGAGUGAUCGGCAUAGAGGCGCUGCGACAUAUCAACACAGGAUGCGCGCACAAGGACGUUUGUAAAAAGGCUUCCUCGUGAGCACUCAGCUAUCUCUACAUUGCCAGAAGCACCCUGUCAUUCAGUGUUCGUGAAAGCCUCUAACCAAAAUGACUCGCUUCUUCCUCGUCGCUUGUGCCGUGUCCUUUAUCGGGAAAGCAGUUGGGAUAACUCACGAGAGCACGAAGAAGCUGAAAGACACUCUCUUGCAGGACUACGACUCCCUCGUUCCACCAAUACCGAGCGAUGGGAAACCGGUCUCCGUCAGACUGGGGGUAGUCGUCAUCAGCUUUCGCAGGGACGACCUGAAAGGCGAGGCGAUCUGGCACCUCUGGUUGCGCUCAGUGAGUUCAGACACAUUCACCUCCUUCACAAAAGCCCACCUGCCAAGCGGAUUUGGAAUCAGGUGGAACCUUAGCGUAUUUCCACCUGUUGAAGCGAUGCUCACCUGGUUAAAAAGUCACCCGGGGGAACAUCCACCUGGCUCGAGAAGAACGUGUGCGAAUGACCAGGUGGAUUUCCAUUGGGUGGGACAUCCACCUGGUUUCAAAUCCACCUCCUAUCCACCUGGUCUUUCAGCCAGGUGGAUGCAGAAGUGGAACGACGAGCGAUUGAUGUGGGAACCCUCGGAUCACUCCAACAUCAGCACGCUGAGAAUGCCUUCCGAUAAAGUCUGGAUCCCCGACAUCACGCCUUAUAACGAGUUGAAGAUCCUGGAGAUGACGACUCGCGAUGUUCUGGACCUGGUCGUAGACACAUCUAGCAGGAAUUCUCUGAAGACGAAAAUCCUCUUCGCUCGAUUCAUCUCCGACAUCCGGGAGUCUUCCGGGCCAGACAAGCUCGGAUUGGAUGGGUCGCGGCCGGAUGCGCCGGACGAACGAAUACUCGCUCACGGGAAGAAGAUUCAGGCUUUAUUUUUUGCCCUCAAUUUUUUUUUCGUGGCCUUCUUUGCAGAAGAAAGUGCAUUUACGAUGAAGCCCUGA